GUGGAGACUGUGCGGCGAGCGGGUACGCGCGCCGGUCUCAUGCUCGCGCCGGGGGUGGGGGGCGGAGUUGGAAGGGAGGCAGAAGCAAGUGUGAGAGAGCGAGCUGUGCGGGAGAGUGAGUGAGUGGCGCAUCUUCGCUCUCCAGCCUCGGCAAGAUGAAUCCACAGUGUGCACGGUGUGGGAAAAUUGUUUAUCCCACGGAAAAAGUGAACUGCUUGGAUAAGUAUUGGCAUAAAGCAUGUUUCCACUGUGAGAUCUGCAGAAUGACUCUCAAUAUGAAAACGUACAAAGGAUAUGAAAAGAAACCUUAUUGUAAUGCCCAUUACCCAAAGCAGCAAUUCACCAUAGUUGCUGAUACACCAGAAAACCUCCGUCUGAAGCAACAAAGUGAACUGCAGAGUCAGGCCAAAUACAAAGAAGACUUUGAAAAGAACCGGGGGAGAGGAUUUAGCAUUGUUACUGACACUCCUGAACUACAAAGACUAAAAAGAACUCAAGAACAAAUCAGUAAUAUUAAAUACCAUGAAGACUUUGAAAAGACAAAAGGAAAGGGUUUCACUUCAGUACCUGAUGACCUGGUAACAGAACGAGCUAGGAAGAACACUCAAUUUGUGAGUGAUGCAAUGUACAAGGGAGUGCAACCCCAUGUGGUGGAGAUGGAGAAAAACAGAUCGGGCAUCAUGGGAGAAUUUAAAGUAUGGCGCACUGAUCCUGGUUCCAUCUUUGACUUUGAUCCUCUUGAAGACAACAUCCAAAGCAGAAGUCUACACUUGCUCUCCGAAAAGGCAAAACGUUAUAGUAAACAGUCUCAGUCCACAGGUGUGGGUAGCAUAAGUGCUGGAGAUGAAAGGUCAGAGAUGACAGAGCUUAAUCCAACCUUCUCCAGCUACAGUGAAAAUACCCUGGAAUUAUCCGAAGAAGGAGCUGCUGUGCUUCCUGGAGCUUACCAGCAGAUGCAUUCUCCUCAUUCUCCUGGAUAUGGUUAUAUGCAUCAGUCCAAUGUAUCCUCUGUGAGGCCACAGCAUUCUCUUCCUUAUCAAAUCAGUAUGAGGACAUACCGAGCAAUGUAUGAUUACACUGCUGCUGAUGAGGAUGAGGUUUCCUUCAAGGAUGGUGAUUAUAUCAUCAAUGUACAAGCAAUUGAUGAGGGUUGGAUGUACGGCACUGUCCAGAGAACUGGAAAAACUGGAAUGCUUCCAGCAAACUAUGUUGAACCUCUUCACUGAACCCUGUUUCUCACCGUUUGUGCUUAAGCCUUUAUUUUUAUUACACUAAAUGGUAAUUAAAAUAUUGAAAGGGAAAGAUAACUCUGUUAAGUAUAUUAAAAUCCUAUUUACUAUCUAAAUAGCUUUUCAUUAUUGUAUUAAUGAUGUACUCUUGAGACUUUCUAAGAAAUUCUUCUUCCUACUGACUAAUCGUAUCGUUCAGAAGGAAAACUGUCAUUACCAUGGUUUCCUGCAGUCAGUAAGGCUUUUAAUAAUGUUGAUAUAUCAACAUUGAUAAUGCUAGUCUUUAACAGUGAAACAGAAACUUUCAGCUGUUCUGUUUGUGCUACAGGUCAUGAUCAGCUUUGAUCAUAACUCACAGUACCACAAAUAAAAUAAUUGCUGUGUGAAGCUUUACUUUAGUUGCUUCUAUAGUAUUUGCAGAUUCUUGUUUUUGCAAAGUGUUUUAAGUUCAAGAGAUCCAUCAUGAUGAUAAUGUGUGUUACAAAUGAAUGUGGGCUAAUUCUGGAGAGACUUAAUACUAACUCGUGCACAUUUGUAUUUUGCCUGUGAGAUGCACAAAGGUUACUAAUGUCAACUGUAUAACAUGAAGUAUUUCCUUAGUGGAACUUUGUCUGUCUUCCUAUGCACUGUGGAUAUCUCAAGCGUUUUCUUCACAUUGAAAUAAAUUGACUGUGUAUAGGUUGCUUGAUAAUGUUUUACUUCAGAUGACUUUUUUUUUGCUUUUUAGAUUUUGGAGUAUUUUGGGUUAUUAGAAACUGAGAUUCCAUUGGAUGAAUGUCAUCUGGGUUUGUUUGGUUUAGCUUUGCUUGAUUUGGUUAUUGGUUAUGCAUGCUCUGUCUGCAAUGUCUUGAUAGUCAAUAAUCCAGUUUAUUGAAUUGGUUAUAAGGUAGCUCUCAUUAACUUUUAUCCUGAUGAAUGAACAAUUCUGUAUUACUGGCACAACAAUGCUGUGACUAGUGCCGCAAAGGAUUAAAUAAAGAUACCGUAGUAUGUU